CUCCAUACAGUUUCCUGGAUGCUGUCUUAGUUAACAAUGGCAAAACCACCAAGUAAAGAUCCUGGGCUAAAGGAGAAGUUUAAGAGCCUCCUAGGACUGUCAUCCAGGCCCAAUUCUAAGUCAUCUGAAGGAAAACAGACAGAAUUCAUCAUCACUGCAGAAAUACUCAAGGAACUGAGCAUAGAAUGUGGUUUAAACAAUCGGAUAAAAGCAAUUGGACAAAUCUGUGAGGUGGCAAAAACUAAGAAAUUUGAAGAGCAUGCAGUGGAAGCUAUUUGGAAAGCGGUAGCUGAUAUGCUGCAGCCAGAUCGACCACCUGAGGCCCGGCAUGCUGUCCUCCAUCUGUUGCAGGCAAUUAUUCUGGGACAGGGUGAAAGGCUGGGGAUUCUCCGAGCUCAUUUUUUUAGAGUGAUUAAAGAUUAUCCGUCCAAUGAAGACCUGCAUGAGCGGCUAGAGGUAUUCAAGGCACUGACUGAUAAUGGAAAACACAUAACAUACUUGGAAGAGGAACUAGCUGAAUUUGUUCUUCAGUGGAUGAAAGCUGGUUUGACUUCAGAGUUUCUGUUGGUGUUGAUCAACUUAGUGAAAUUCAACAGCUGCUACUUGGAUGACUACAUUGCUGGCAUGGUCAACAUGAUUUGCGCCUUAUGCAUUCAGACUUCUUCUGCAGUUGACAUUAAGGUUUCCCUGCAGGUGUUGGAUGCCGUGGUGUGUUACAAUUGCCUGCCUUCCGAAAUCCUCCCGAUGUUCAUCAUCACCUUGUGCUGGACCAUCAAUGUGAAGGAGCUCUGUGAGCCCUGCUGGAAGCUCAUGCGGAAUCUGUUGGGAACUCACCUGGGUCAUAGUGCCAUUUAUAACAUGUGUCGGAUCAUGGAGGAUAGGACCUACAUGGCAGAUGCUGUCCUCCUGAGGGGAGCUGUCUUCUUUGUGGGGAUGGCCUUGUGGGGUGCACACAGACUGCAGUCUCUCAAAAAUUCACCAACAUCCGUACUGCCCUCUUUCCUGAAGGCCAUGUCAGCCCCCAAUGCCAUCGUGUCUUACGAAAUCGUCCUCUCCAUAACAAGGCUGAUUAAGAAAUACGGCAAGGACCUCCAGGCAGUCACCUGGGACCUCCUUUUGGAUAUCAUGCAGCGGCUGGUCGAGCAGCUACAGACUUUGGAAAGCCAGGAACUGAAGUCCAUUGUCCACGAUUUGCUGACCACAGUUGAGGAGCUGUGUGACCAGAAUGACUUCCACGGCUCCAAAGAGAGAUACUUCGAACUUGUGGAGCGAUGUGCUGACCGAAGGCCUGAAUCUUCAGUUCUGAACCUCAUAACCUACCGAGCUCAGUCCAUCCAUCCUGCGAAGGACGGCUGGAUUCAGAACCUGCAGGGAUUAAUGGACAGGUUCUUCAGAAAUGAGAGCCGGGGUGCUGUUCGCAUAAAGGUUUUGCACGUUUUGUCUUUCGUGCUGAGUGUCAACAGGCAGCUUUAUGAGGAGGAAUUGAUCAAUCUGGUCAUCUCCCAGCUGUCUCAUGUCCCGGAAGAUAAAGACCACCAAGUUCGCAAACUGGCCACCCAGUUGCUGGUGGACUUGGCUGAAGGUUGCAAUACCCAUCACUUCAGCAGCUUGCUGGAUAUCAUAGAGAAGGUGGCUUCCCACACUUUGCUGCCCCCUGCUGACCUGGAAGAAAGAGACCUGCUCUCUUACUCGACCUCCUUAGAAGACGUGAAAACGGCCGUCGUUGGCUUACUUGUCAUUUUCCAGACGAAGUUGUACAGCUUGCCUGCCAGCCACGCCAUGCGGGUCUACGAGAUGCUCGUCCAUCACCUUCAGCUCCACUAUAAGCACAAGUACAGCCUCCCCAUUGCCAGCAGUAUCCGCCUGCAGGUUUUUGACUUCUUGCUCUCACUUCGUGCGGACGCUCUUCUCCACCGCCUGGGCCUCCCCACCAAAGACGGCCUUGUGAGAUUCAGCCCCUACUGCCUCUGUGAUUCAGUGGAGCCCGAGAAAAAGCUUGUUGGCCCUCUGUCCCCUCCCUCGGGAAGUCCUAGCGCGCCCCCUCAGAACGCCCCCAUCCGCACAGGCCACCUGUCUUACUCGCUCCUCUUUGGAGUUCUUCUGCAGUGCUUGAAGCAAGUGAGUGAGGAAUCCAAGGGGACAAAAGCCAUGUUAUUCCCCCCCCCCCAACACACGCACACCACCAGGGCUUCAGAGGCCCAGAGGUUUGGCUGCCCACCCUCCCCCAGUCCAUGGUUUCCCUCGUGUGACAUUGUUUUUGGAAAGCGCAAGUUGGUGUCUCUUUUGCCCCAGCUGAAUGAUAAGAAGAUGACGGAGCGGCUGCAGGAUGUGUCGGAAGGGCUGUCCCGGAAUGACCUGCACCAGGCAGUGGUUCCAGUCUUGACUGCUUUGAUCUCCUAUCACAGCUACCUGGACAAGAUGAAGCAGGGGGAGAUGGUUUAUUGCCUGGAGCAUGGGCUGAUCUUCCGCUGUGCCAGCCAGUGUGUGGUGGCAUUGUCGAUCUGCAGCGUUGAGAUGCCGGAUAUUAUCAUCAAAGCUUUGCCAGUCCUGAUAGUUAAGUUGACACAUAUUUCAGCCACAGCCAACAUGGCCAUCCCUCUCUUGGAAUUCCUUUCAACGCUGGCCCGCCUGCCUCAUCUCUACAGGAAUUUUGCAGCGGAGCAGUACGCCAGUGUAUUUGCCAUCUCUCUGCCCUAUACAAACCCCUCCAAGUUUAACCAGUAUAUUGUAUGCCUGGCGCAUCAUGUCAUAGCCAUGUGGUUUAUCAAAUGCCGGCUCCCCUUUCGGAAAGACUUUGUUCCCUAUAUCACUAAGGGCUUGCGGUCAAACAUCCUCCUCUCCUUCGAUGACACCCCAGAGAAAGACAGUUUCCGGGCUCGGAGUACCAGUCUGAACGAGAGACCCAAGAACUUUAAAGUAGCCAAAAAUGCCAGGCCAAACUUGAAUCCGUCUCCUUCCGUGAGAGCCCUGAAGGAUCCCUCGGCCGUUGAUGCCUUCCGCUCCCGCAGCAUCAGUGUGUCUGACCAUGCAGCCCACAGCCGGAUACAAACUUCCAUCACCAGUUCCAGCCUGGGCUCUGCUGAUGAGAACUCCAUGGCUCAGGCAGAUGACAACCUGAAGACCCUCCACUUGGAGCUCACCGAGACCUGCCUCGACAUGAUGGCCCGAUACGUCUUUUCCAACUUCACAGCUGUGCCCAAAAGGUCUCCAGUGGGUGAGUUCCUGUUGGCUGGAGGGAGGACCAAGACAUGGCUAGUGGGUAACAAGCUUGUUACAAUCACUACAAGUGUUGGGACAGGAACCAGGUCCCUCCUGGGCCUUGACCAUGGAGAGCUCCACAAUGGUGCAGAAUCCAGUUCAGAUCACAGCUUGCAAGUGAGACAGUCAAAGGAGGCCCCGGCAAAACUCGAAUCUCAGGCUGGCCCUCAGGUGGUUCGAACCCGCAACCGAGUCAGGUCCAUGUCAGGAGGCCAUGCUUUGCGGGUUGGUGCUCUGGACGGCUCUGCCUCUCACUUCUCAGCCAGCACGGGACUCCAGGCGCCCCCAAGCUCUCCUCCUGCUCCCCAAACCGAGAAGGCCAACCUGGCUGCUUAUGUCCCCCUCCUGACUCAAGGCUGGGCAGAAAUAUCAGUGCGGAGGCCCACAGGUAACACCAGCUGGCUGAUGAGCCUGGAAAAUCCGCUGAGCCCCUUCUCUUCCGACAUCAACAACAUGCCCCUGCAGGAGCUCUCCAACGCCCUGAUGGCAGCCGAGCGUUUCAAGGAACAUCGUGAGACAGCCCUGUACAAGUCCCUCUCAGUCCCCUCCUCCAGCUUGUCCAUGGGAACAGCCAAGCCCUUUCUCCUGCAGCGCUCCAACACAGAAUCUGCAGUCGUACUAGAAGAAGGAAGCCCCCCAGAGGAAGAUGGAAAAGGAGUGGAAUUCCACCCUGAAUCUCAAGAGAUUGAAGACUUUGAAGCCACCUGUUUGGGGCAAGGCCUGGGGGAGGAGAGAUUUGGCCGAGGAGUCUAUGGCCGAUCUUCGUCGACCUCCAGCCAAGAGGAGAAGGCCCCAAAAGCAGAAGAUCUGGCCGCCAUUGGCAUUCCGAUCGAAAGGGCCAGGAACCUGGAAGACAGCCGGGCCUUUGAAGCCCUCUCUUUCCAGCCUUCCCAGACUCUCAGCAAGUCCAGCUCCUCCCCGGAGCUCCAGACUCUUCAGGAAGUCCUCAAGGAUCCGGGUGGUGAAGAGUCAACCCAGAAACUCAGAAGCGAAGAAGGCAAAGCCAAGUCUCAGUCUGAUCAGCUGGAAGGAGAGGCCGCGGGGGGCUCUCUGGCGAAGGUAGAGGACCAGGGCUCGGUAGGGAUGAGGCUGGCUGUGGCGGCCCCCGCCUCUUCUCCCCAUUCCCCAACUGGCCACCGGCCGCGCGGAUACACCAUCUCUGACUCGGCCCCCUCCAGGAGGGGCAAAAGGAUGGAGAGAGACCUCUUGAAGGGAAGAGCAGCAGCUGCCUCCAACGCAGGGAAAGUCCCAGGCAUCAACCCAAGCUUUGUGUUCCUGCAGUUGUAUCAUUCUCCUUUCUUUGGUGAUGAAUCCAACAAGCCCCUUUUACUGCCAAAUGAAACCUUUGAGAACUCCAUUCAGCUUCUAGAUCAGAUCCCUCCGUAUGACACCCACAAGAUUGCCGUCUUGUAUGUUGGAGAAGGACAGAGCAGCAACGAGCUGGCCGUUCUGUCCAAUGAGCACGGCUCCUACAGGUACACGGAGUUCCUGAGUGGCCUGGGCAAGCUCAUUGAGCUCAAGGACUGCCAGCCAGACAAGGUUUAUCUGGGCGGCCUGGACGUGUGUGGAGAGGAUGGGCAGUUCACCUACUGCUGGCACGACGACAUCAUGCAAGCUAUUUUCCACAUUGCCACUUUGAUGCCCACCAAAGAUUCGGAUAAAAAUUGCUGUGACAAGAAACGACAUUUGGGGAAUGACUUUGUUUCCAUAAUUUACAAUGAUUCUGGGGAAGAUUUCAAACUGGGGACCAUCAAGGGCCAAUUCAACUUUGUUCAUGUCAUCAUCAAACCGCUGGAUUAUAACUGCAACCUGCUCACUCUCCAGUGCCGUAAAGACAUGGAGGGGCUCAUUGACACAAGUGUGGUGAAGAUUGUCUCAGACAAAAACCUUCCCUUUGUCGCCCGGCAGAUGGCGCUGCAUGCCAAUAUGGCCUCUCUGGUCCAUCACAGCCGCUCCAACCCCACCGACACCUAUCCCUCCAAGUGGAUCGCUCGGCUGCGCCACAUCAAGCGACUCCGGCACAGGAUCCGAGAAGAAACCCAGUUCCAAGAGGCCCGUUUCCCCAGCGUGCAUCCUCCUGUCCCCACCAAAGCCUCCAUCCGUGUCCCCCAGGACCCGGCCCCCACCUACGAAACUGGACAGAGGAAGCGCUUGAUCUCCUCCGUGGACGACUUCACAGAGUUCGUGUAGGACCAAGGUUCCCCUGCCUCAGCCUCUCUGGUGCAAAGCAGCUGCGGCCAUUUCGGCCUCUUCUCAGCCCAGGAGCCGAGAUGGCAGCUUUGGGCUCCCUUGAAGGCUGCUGGUUUAUCUAACCCCCCAUUCUGUAAUCAAGCGUUUGAAAGCGAAUGAAGGCCCAGCUCACGUUUAUGAUGGUUUAUUUGAAAUGGCAGAAAGAAACUCAGCAACCUGACAUCAAUGUCCCCAAGACCUCUGAUCUCCUGGUCCUUUCAUGAAACGUGCCUGCGGUCGACUUCCACCUGUGUGUGGGGGGGUGGGGGUGUGUGAUCUUGCAGGAGCUGGGGAAAGCCAAUGCAGCAAAGGUGGGUGGAUCCUUACUGAAGCCCAGUUUCGGGAGGCAUUCGGGGCUGAGCACCAAACACUUUUGCUUUUGUCCCAACUGUUGAGAGCAAAACCCGCAUCCAGUUUAGAGUUUUCUGAGGGAGUCGGCAGCUCCCUUUUUAACUAGGUGGCCGGCAGGAAAUGGAAGCCAGACUCUCCGUCCCUCUGGAGCUCCGUGGUUGCAGGUUCUAUUUGUGUGGCCAGAGGCCUCGGGGAUUCAUAUAAAAAUAGGAAACGGUCUGAUACUUUUUCCCACAGGGGGGAGAUUUGGGGGCAAUAAAACCUCCUGCUGCCUUGCU